UAAAAUCUCUCUCUCACACUCUCGCUCUCUCUCUCUCAUUUAUAAUGCUCUGGUCUACAGAAACUCUAACUCCUUACUUUGACGUGUUCUUAAAACAAAAGUAGCAAACGAACUUGUUGUGAGAAGCGUGGGUCUCUUUAGGAAGGAAGGCGAGUUGAACUUUAACAGAAAUGGCAGGCAGGCCAGUUGAACGAGUUCCUGAAACAUCAAAAGGGUUUUAGAUCGCCCCUGGCUUUGCCUAGAAACUAUAAAUUUAGUAUCCUUUAAAAUGCAUUGCAUAAAUUUUACAUCUGGGUGAAAACUGGGCGCAUUUCUGGCAUAGUUAGGGGGCAAAUUAGCAUGGAGAAUUGAAUGGCGCCCAACUUAACGCUGAUUUGUUUGUACGUUUGCGAUAUUUUGCUUUUAAUACCAAUGCGAUGUGUAAUAUUCAGUCAAAGGGCUUUAAUUGCCGCUGCAAACAGACAAAUUACAGCGGCUGCCUCCUUUAUGUAUUUAUUUUUAAACGGGGACCAGGAACGCUCCCCCUCCCCCGUUAUUUGUUUACGGAACAUGUAGCUGGAUGAACAAAAGCACCCAGGGCAAUCCAUUUCGCCUAUUUGAAUGCAUAAUUAAAUGCAAAAGAAGGAAAUAUGAUUUUUUUUCCCUCUUAGCCUCUAGCAUUGCUCCAUAGCAUUUCCUUGCUCCAACCCAGCCAGUGUCUAGUUUACACUUCUUCCUCUGCCGGAGUUAAUUGAACUUAUGUCUUUUCCUCUCUAAACUUCUCUUACCCCCUCCCCUUCUCCGCACCUUCUCCCUCUCUCCCCCAGCUCGGCUUCUGCCAGCCCCCCUCGUCUGAUUACAUCUAGUAAUUCUCCACUGAAUGAACGUCAUUUACAAUGAUGUUAGUCCACACCUAUUCCGCCAUGGACCGGCAUGACGGAGUCCCCAGCCACAGCUCCAGGUUGUCUCAGCUGGGCUCUGUCUCCCAGGGACCCUACUCCAGCGCCCCACCGUUGUCUCACACCCCGUCCUCGGAUUUCCAGCCGCCUUACUUCCCGCCCCCCUACCAGCCUCUUCCUUACCACCAAAGCCAGGACCCGUACUCCCAUGUCAAUGACCCUUACUCCCUGAACCCCUUGCAUCAGCCCCAGCAGCACCCUUGGGGACAAAGGCAGAGGCAAGAGGUGGGAUCAGAAGCCGGCUCACUCCUGCCACAGCCUCGGGCCGCUUUGCCUCAGCUCUCGGGACUGGACCCCAGGCGGGACUACCACUCAGUGAGGAGGCCAGAUGUUCUUCUUCACUCGGCACAUCAUGGCCUGGAUUCCGGCAUGGGAGACAGCCUUUCUCUGCAUGGCAUCGGACACCCAGGAAUGGAGGACGUGCAGUCAGUUGAAGAUGCCAAUAACAGCGGCAUGAACCUAUUGGACCAGUCUGUCAUUAAAAAAGUUCCGGUUCCUCCAAAAUCAGUUACUUCUCUGAUGAUGAAUAAAGAUGGCUUCCUGGGUGGAAUGUCAGUCAAUACCGGAGAGGUGUUUUGCUCAGUACCUGGCCGCUUGUCCUUGCUCAGUUCCACUUCAAAGUAUAAAGUAACGGUGGGAGAAGUUCAAAGACGCCUUUCUCCUCCAGAGUGUCUGAAUGCAUCUCUCCUAGGAGGAGUACUUAGAAGAGCCAAAUCGAAAAAUGGGGGGAGAUCGUUGAGAGAGAGGCUAGAAAAAAUCGGUUUGAAUUUACCAGCCGGCAGGCGUAAGGCUGCAAAUGUCACUUUACUCACCUCCCUGGUGGAAGGGGAAGCGGUUCACUUAGCUCGGGAUUUUGGAUACAUCUGUGAAACGGAGUUUCCAGCCAAAGCUGUUUCCGAGUACCUGAACCGACAGCACACGGACCCCAGCGAUCUCCACUCCAGAAAGAACAUGCUGCUUGCUACAAAGCAACUUUGUAAAGAAUUCACAGAUCUCUUGGCCCAGGACAGGACGCCCAUUGGCAACAGCAGGCCCAGCCCCAUUUUGGAACCAGGCAUUCAGAGCUGCUUGACUCACUUCAGCCUCAUCACCCAUGGCUUUGGGGCCCCAGCCAUCUGUGCUGCCCUCACAGCCCUCCAGAACUACCUGACUGAAGCUCUCAAAGGCAUGGACAAGAUGUUCUUGAACAACAACACCGCUAACAGGCACACAUCUGGGGAAGGACCAGGUAGUAAAACUGGAGACAAGGAAGAGAAACACAGAAAAUGAAAAAAAUAAAAGCAGAAAAAAUUAAUAAAUAAAAGAGAGAGAGAAUCUUUUAAAACAAAACCGUUUUAAUUUUAGCUUUAAAAUAUUGGAUUGGGUUUUGGAAGAAUUAUAUUAGGCAGGAUAAUAAUAACGAUAAAAAGAAAGACUAACUUAAGGUCAGAGGCGCACAAAGGAGCAAGAACUGUGGCUCAAUGUCUCUUACAAGGAACAUUUGAAGACAACCACCAGGAUUUUUCCACUUCUGUUCUCACUUUUUUAAAAAUGAUUUUUGGAGGGGGGGAUAAAAUAAUAAUAAAAAAGGAAGAAACAAAUAACUUAUUGGAAGAAAUCAGAGAAACAUUUUGGUGUCAGUGCUUUGAUUUCUUGUUUGGGCUCAAAUGUACAGUAUAUCUUUUUUUUUAAAAUUAAACUAUAUCCUGUGUCUACACUAGGAAAAAAAAACAAAUCUUCCAGUGAUAUUAUCUGGGACAUUUCCAUUCCAGCAUCCUCAUUCCCCCCUCCCUGCCUCAUCUUAUCUUGCCACUCUGUAUCUAUCUAGACUAGGAAAGGGGUGUUUUGGGUAGCAAAGGCUAUAACUUGCUAAUAGAAUUGUAAAUGUAUUAAACUGUUUCUACAUUAAUUACAAUGUCUACAUUAAUUACAGUAUAUUAGGUGUUUCAAUUCAUGUUAGCUCAAUCCAGUUAGCUAACUCGCUUUUUAAAAGACACCCCUUUUUCCUGGUCUAGACAGACCCUGUGAUUACCAGUGUUUACAGCUAUCUAGGCUUAAUUUGGUAUUUAGCUUUUAUGGUAAAACUUCAUUGGCUCUCAGGGUGCAAAAUUUGAAAAUAAGGUGCAGUCAGAUGUUAAUGCUGUUUGAAACUCCUAUUCUUAUGUGUAAAGUAUCCUAAUUUCCUCUAAAGGGUUUAUAUUCUCAACAAUCCUAGUGUUUAUAUAUUUAAUUUAGUUAUGGGGGUGUAUUGAGAGAGAUCUACCCUUUUUUUAAAAAAAAAAGUGCUAGUAACUAAAACUGAGUAUGUAAUUCCUUCUCAGGAGUAUGCACUAUUUUUAUUUUCUUCUGUUUCCCAAAGCUUUGCCCGCUUGGCUUAUGAGCUUCUUCAAAGAGGACUAGAGCUCCCUACACAAUAUAUCAGGUACAGAGAAAAAUAAUCCACAAUUCUGAUACUUUUUCCCCCCCUUAAAUCAAAGCCAGUCGUUUCAGAAUUCUGCGGGUGUACUUCUUUAAAGAAGCUCAAAGGGAAUAAUUGAAACCAGCUAAAAAUAACCGAAAUCGAGAUGUCCUAUUGAGAAGAAUACAGUUUUGUCCGAGGGUGCUUGCAAAGACUUGCUGGGGUAUGAGUAGUUGAUACUCAGAGCCAAGGCAGCUGCGAUAUGCAAUUGUGUGUGUGCGAGCUAAGGGUUGGGUGGGAUUGCAGGAUAAAGCCCUAUUGUGUCUCGCUAGAAAGUUAUUACAAUGUUUCUGUGAGUUGCUUUAGAACAAAUUCAACGGGAGAGGAAAAAAAUCCACCGGUAUUGCGGGGGUGUUUGUUUAAGUUGCUUUUCAGUAAUGGGGUGUAUUACAUGAUGUGUUAUGGCAUAUAUGGAAAAUAACACUUAUGCUUAAGGAGAUGAAUUUCAGCUUGGAUAAUUGUAUCUAUUCAGUGGGGGUAGAGUUUCAUGCAUUAAAGAAUCCUUUCACUUAUGUCAGAAAAGCGACUGUCUCCGGGUGAAAUCCUGGCUCCAUUCAAGUUUAUGGCAAAGCUCCCAUUGACUUCAGCAGGGCCUGGAUUUCACCCUCUGUUUCAACUUAAGAUAAGAUAUUGAAUUAAUUGUGGCUCAAGGCUGGCCUCAAAUCCCAAAGAGAAGAAAGUCAAUCCUCUGGACGUGGUCUUUAUUUUCUAAAUACCUGCGGAUGACGGGGGGGG